UUACUAGAUGUGUGUAGUGAAUCUAGAAAUUCUGUUUGAUUUAACCAAAAUACGUUCUAUCAUACACGUCUUGUUGAUACAAUCAUAGCAUUUUUCUCAGUGUCCAAGUCUUAAGUUUUACUACUUGAGUUUUUUCGUGUGUUCGGGCCUUGAUAGACAUACUUUUGCCUGAAUGCAGGUGACGCAUGUCUGCCUGACGAAUGCCAUACUGGUGAGCAAGGCAUCUUUGGACCCGGCCAACGUGCCGCGGCACAGUUAUCUGCCGGUCACGAGCUCUCCAUUUCCGAAGCAUCCUAAUCAUCGAUACGAUGCUCUUCGAGCAGUCGACAGCGAUCCGGGGAAGCCUACGUUCUCCAGAGAUCUACGGACGGAGCGUCCAGCGGGACUUCAGUCCGCGUCAAUUUCGAGUAAUCGCGUGCAGAAAUUGCAAACGGGUCCUCAGAGGUUCCCUGCGGAAAUUCACCAGGACGACGUUUCGCUUUCGGCGAAAGUGCCGAACGCAUCUCUGGCUCCUCCGUCGCAACCGUCGACGACGAGGACGGCGUUAUCGGGAGAUAUCCGGGAAUAUCAUCGUCACGUACCUCGAUUCGCGUAUCAGGAUGUCGAAGUGCACGACGGAUACCUGACGGACGAGCUGGAUGGCGAUCAACUGCCGUAUCGUGGAAAAGUUGAAACGGCGACGUAUUACCCCCGUCGAGGGCCGCAAGACCUAACGGCGGUCAUCAAGGCCCUCGAUCGCUUCCUGAGCCGUACUCUAAACGACGAUAGCUACAAUAGCAAGGUACAUCCGCCGCCCAAUCCCGUUCUAGCCCUCAUUCUGUCCCGAUACGGGCGUUACGUGCCUGGGCCGCGAAACCCUCGCGUAUACGCGUAUUUGGCGGCGAACAAUAUCCACAAUCAUCAACCCUUCGGCAAGUACAAAUACGAGUUCGACGAGGAGCCGAUUUACCCGACGAGAAGAUAGCGGGCGUGACAACUGUUAUGAACUUACACUUGGAAACGUGCUAAUGUCGCAAUCAAAUGUACAGAAAUAAAGUGACGAUGAUUUGUAUGCUUCAUCUGGAAAACUUCACUCUCGGAGCGUUCGUGAGGGUCUAUCA